AUGAGAGCCGGCGUUCAGAGUGUUAAAGGGCUUAACAGGUGCAAAAUGCGGACAUUCGGCGAAAGACCGACGGCUUUCCAGUUGGAAGAGAACGGAGAGUUUCAUUACAUCGGAUCCGAGGUCGGUAACUAUAUGCGGAUGUUUAGGGGUUCCCUUUACAAGAGGUAUCCAUCGCUUUGGCGCCGUUUGGUUAGCGUUGAAGAGCGCAAACGGAUCAGUACUAUAGGAUUAGGUCCGCACUCUUUGGCCACUAAUAUAACGCUAUUGAAGGCCUCGGAAGUGGACGAGAUAUUUGAGGGCAGGGAUGAUAAGUACAAA